ACGCCACAAGGCGGUAUGGAUCUAUUAGCAAUUUAGCAGCCCAUCCCGCAGACACUCCAUCUGUCCAGCAAUCCUUGGUGGCUGCAUGAUGGAUCGUGGCAUUGGGCGGUCCCCCCUGCAUGCCGCACGCUGGCAAUAGGAGCGAAGAGCGCAAUAUGUUGUGCUGCAACGUCUUACCACAUGUGCUCUGCGAGCGAAGAUGUCACACGAGGCCCCUAAAUGGCUGCAUGAACAUGCCGGAGCUCCGAGUUCAAUGUUCGGGGGGGAAGCCGUUCCAGGAACGGAUAUCGCUUUUGGUGGUUCUAUCGAAUAACUAGACUGGUCUUUACGGAGCGCGGGCCAGCCGUUGAUAUAUAUCUCC